AUGGGCAAGGCUAAAAGCAAGAGCACGAAGCGCGAGGACUAUCGCAAUGCGCGUAAUCAGGAGGGCGUGGCAGAAUUGCCCCGAAAGAAGUUUUACCGCCAGCGAGCUCAUGCGAACCCUUUCUCGGAUCACCAAUUAGUCUACCCUGCGAGCCCAGAGUCCAUGAACUGGACGCAGUACUACCCUGCCUUCGCCGUCGAAGAUGAGAAACCCGGCACGGCCGAUGCAGCAGUCUCCGAUGCAAACGCCCUGGACGCCUCGAAACCAAAAACACGUAGCCUGAAGAAGGACGUCGAGGUUGUGGAUAUUGGGUGCGGCUUUGGGGGCCUACUUGUGGCAUUGUCACCGAUCCUGCCACAGACCCUUGUUCUUGGCCUCGAGAUCCGCACUUCGGUGACAGAAUACGUCCAAGAGCGUAUCAAAGCGCUCAGAGUGCAGAACCAGGAGGAUGGCCUGUACCAGAACAUUAGCUGUCUGCGUGCGAACAGUAUGAAGUUCCUCCCCAACUUCUUCAAAAAGGCGCAACUAUCCAAAGUCUUCAUAUGUUUCCCAGACCCACACUUCAAGGCGCGGAAACAUAAGGCCAGGAUCGUAUCAACUACACUUAACUCCGAAUACGCAUUUGUAUUGCGUCCCGGUGGUAUCGUCUAUACCAUCACCGACGUCGAGCCCCUGCACCAAUGGAUGGUUGGCCAUUUUGACGCCCAUCCUGCGUUCGAGCGCCUAUCUGAGGAUGAGCAGGAAGCCGACGAAUGUGUCAAAGUGAUGGCGUCCGAGACGGAGGAGAGCAAGAAGGUGACUCGGAAUCAAGGCCAAAAAUACGUGGCCCUCUUCCGCAGACUGGAAGACCCCCCAUGGUGA